AUAAACUAUCAAUUAGUCAAGAAACAACUCGUUCAACCACCUCUUUUCUUUAAUGUUAAAACCUUGUAAAGAAUUUUUGAUCUUGAAAUUCGUUUGAAUCCUUUUUAUUUUUGGCUUUUUUUUCGUACUCAAAUUUUGAACCAGUGCAUCCAAAUUCAUUAUCUCUCAUGCAUUCAUCCAAAAUCAGUCGGACGCUAGCAAGAUACAUUGAUAGAGCGACGGACCAAUUUAAUCUUGAGCCCAACUUGGCUUUGAAUCUAGAAAUUGCUGAUUAUAUAAACGUUAAGAAGGGAAAUGCACCCAGAGAGGCAGCUUUCACCAUAUUAAAGCGUAUAAACAGUGCCAACCCAACCGUGACUUAUUUGGCUUUGAAUCUUCUUGAUAUUUGCGUCAAAAACUGUGGUUUCCCUUUUCAUUUACAAAUUGCAAGCCAAGAAUUUCUCAAUGGAUUCGUUUCGCGUUUUCCUAAAUAUCCACUUCCCCACAUGAACAAAAUUCAAAAAAAAAUUUUAGAAAUGCUUGAAGAGUGGAAUUACAUGCUUUGCAAAAACAACAGGCAUAGUCAAGAGUUUUCCAGGAUCCAUGAUCUCCGCGAACUUAUGUCUUUCCAAGGUUAUAAAUUUCCAAAAGUUGAUAAAGAUUCCAUCGCCGUAAUGAAUCCUAGUAAUGACUUACGCUCCGCUCAUGAAUUAGCAAUGGAAGACUUGGAAGCACAUAAAGCCAAGCUUCAAGAACUUCUUCGUCGUGGUACUCCAAUGGACUUGGCCGAAGCGAAUGCCUUAAUGAAAGUAAUCGCUGGUUAUGAUCAAGAUAAUACUGAAGACUACUCUGCUCUCGCUUCUGCAGAGAUUGAAUCCAUCAAAGCUAAAGCUUUCCGUGUUCAGCAUCACCUUGAAAAUCCAUCAUUGGUAACACUUGAAGAGCCCUUAGAAUCCGCAAUAGAGUCUUUGAAAGUUUACAAGAAUAAAGUCGUUCGUUUAUUACAGAAUGAGGACGAAGAUGAGUAUUAUGUUCAUAAGCUUCUUUCUUUGAAUGAAUUGCUUCAUGAUGUACUACAGGCUUACGGGAUCAAUUAUGAACUUAAAGAACAGCCAAUUAUCAAUUCUUCACAAUCUUCCCAAAUAAGUAAUAAUGCUCCUACAAGAAAUGAAUCUUCUUUGGUUGAUUUAAUUGACGAAUCUAGUCAAGAUUCCUUGAAUGUUCCUAAUAAUGUUAUCUCUUCCAAUAAUGCCUCUGUUUUUGCCGAUGUUCCUAAUGUCGUCAGUCCGAAUAAAUCACUUUCUGAAAUUGAUACUGCAAAGAAUUUGUCUACCGCUGGAGCUAUUUCCAUUUUGGAAUCUGAUUCCUUACGAUUAUCAGCUAACAUGAUUGUUUACAAUCCAGCGGCUGGCACUGCAUCCUAUGCAGUCUUUUUAUCCAACAACUCCCUUACAUCUUCAGUUUCUAAUGUCGUUUUUCAGGUUGCUGUUAUGAAAUCCCAGAAACUUCAGAUGCUUCCUCUUGUUGGAGAUACUAUUAUAUCACCGAAAAAGCAAAACGCUGCCUAUGAAACUAUGAAUAUUUCCAAUAUUGCUAGUGACCAGAAAGCUUUACGCAUUCGCUGGCGUGCCUAUUGGACUGCGAACUUUAAUAACCUUGAAGCUUCUGGUGAAACUUAUCUACCUCUUCCAACUUAGAUCAUCAAUUUAAAAUAGACAUACAUAAGCUAAUUUGAACAAGUCCUACUGCUACCAGUUCGUUCAGAAAAUUUCGUAGAUAUUUAUGACUGAUUAAAAAAGUAUAAAUAAGUUGAGCGAAAUUAUUAGUUAGAACCAAAAAAUGGCGCCUUAAGAGGCAAUACUUUUGAUAGUCUUUCCAUAGUAAGAAUACUUUUCUCCCAAAGACUUUAAGCGCUGUAAAGACAUGACACAGAGGAAAACUGACCGCAGAGACA